AUGGAUUUCACCACCUUCCACAACAUCAUCGCAGGCGAGCGGCGGAGUUCGUCAACUGAGUAUUCAGGCACUUCACCUACUACCUUAUUGUCGCUCUGGCCUGCACCGGUGGCAUCUUCGGACGAUGUUGACGAUGCAGUGGCUGCAGCCCAGGCGGCUUUCCCAUCAUGGGCGGCCAAGUCUUACGUUGAGCGUACGCGGUUGUUAGAUCGGUUCGCCGAUCGCUACCUCGAGCUUGCCGAUGAAUUUACCAAGUUGCUACAGGUGGAGACUGGACGGAGUACCCAGGCAUCGGCGAUUGAAGUGAUAUGGGCGGCUAACUGGCUGCGAUACCCUGGGAUGAAGGAUAGUCUAACCAAGGAAGCCCAAUAUACACUUCCGGAAAAGCGUCACGAGGAUGAUGAGAAAACCGUGCUUAUCAAAUACGAGCCUCUGGGGACUGUGGCUGCCAUUUGCCCGUGGAAUUCCAUUGGUAAGAUCGCCCAGGCCGUUGCAACGGGCAACUGUGUCAUCGUCAAACCAUCGCCCUUCACACCCUACUCUGCCCUGAAGCUGGUCGAACUAGCACAGGAGAUUUUUCCGGCCUCGGUGAUUCAAGCGCUGGGGGGCGAUGACCAACUUGGUCCGUGUCUGGUGAAACAUCCUGGUAUUCAUAAAGUCUCGUUCACAGGGUCCUCUGCCACCGGCAAGAGGGUAAUGCGAGCAUGUGCCGAUACGCUCAAGAGACUAACACUAGAAUUGGCUGGUAACAAUGUAUCCAUUAUACUUGAUGACGUGGACGUCGAACAAACUGCCCUUCAGACUGCACACGCCCUCUGGUUCAAUGCCGGACAGGUGUGUCUCAAUGCUCGGAGACUCUUCAUCCACGAAUCUAUCUAUGAACCUUUUGUCCAGGCAUUGGUCGCCGCCACAAAUGCACUAGGUGGUGAUCUAGCCUCAAACGUUGGACCUAUCCAAAACGAAAUGCAGUUUCAACGCAUCAAAAGCUGCCUAGAAAACUGCCGGAAUGAGGGAUAUCGAUUUGGCACGGGCGAGAAUCACAAGGCUGUUGGACUGUUUGUUCACCCCGUCAUCAUCGACAAUCCGCCCAAUGAAGCGUCGGUCAUGCAGGACGAAUAUUUUGGUGGGAAUUUCCUUUCAUGCGCUGGUUAUCAUGGAUAUUUCGCUUAUACACAACUAGGACCUGUUGUUUCAUGCAAACCAUUCUCAUCUCUGGACAAUGUGGUGGACUUCGCCAAUCAGACAAAAAGUGGCUUGGAUGCAAUUAUUUGGAGCAAAGAUAUUGAUUUGGCUGAGAGUGUCGCUGUCCGCCUGGAUGUCGGCAGUGUGUUCAUCAAUGGGCCUCCAAAGCCGGAUCCUUUUGUGCCUUUUGGAGGCCAUAAGCAAAGUGGAAUUGGAGUGGAGUAUGGAUUGGAGGGUUUGCUGGGGUGCUGUCAGAUUAAGACGAUUCAUCGGUAUAAAUAG